AUGAACGGAUCGUCUUUGAGCCCGGCAACAGUUGAUCUUCUGCCCGAGAGACAAGGAACCUGCAUCUUCACUCGAGCCUCUCUUCACGACCAGCCGAUGCGUGCAUCAUCCACGAAGGCCUUGAAGUCGCUGCCGGAGCCUGCCAGUGGCCGGUCACUUCUGGGCCAGACGUCUACUCCGAAGAGGCGCCUGACGAUUGCAACAGCUGACUCGGGCACAUCCGACGACCGCAGUCGAAGGGAACUCCGUACUCAGCCACAUUCACCGCCUCAUCUGCCCAGUUGCAUGGAAGAA